CCGACUCUUUCGCCUGCUUUCACUCUUUCACUUGUUUUCACGUAAUAGCUGCUGUGCUAAGUUGUCAGCUGCCAGUUAGCACUUCGUUAUCGUACCGCAUUAUCCAGCUGUCAUUCUUCCAGCUAGAGUCCUUGUGCGAGAGAGGAAAUGGCAAGACUGGACGGUAAAGUUACUCUCAUCACAGGGGCCUCGUCAGGUAUUGGGCAGGCGACUGCACUGCACUUUGCAUCUCUGGGCAGCUGGCUUGCACUGAGUGGCCGCAGAAAGGAUGCCCUGGACAAAGUUGCUGACCAGUGCCACGACAAGGGUGUCCCGAAGGACAAGAUCCUGGUGGCCGUGGGUGAUGUCUGUAAGGAAGAAGAUGUAGCUGCCAUUGUGAACGAAACCCUGAAGCACUUUGGCAAGAUUGACAUACUCGUGAACAGUGCCGGCAUUCUCAAGAAUGGCACCACGGAGAACACGCCACUGACAGUCUACGAUGAGAUAAUGAAUGUCAACCUCCGCAGCAUCUUCCACAUGAUGCAGGUUACCAUCCCGCAUCUCAAGAAGACCAAAGGGACCAUUGUAAAUGUAUCAAGUGUCACUGGACUGCGAGCUUUUCCCAAUGUCGUUGCCUACAACAUAAGCAAGGCAGGCCUGGACCAACUGACUCGCACUGCAGCCCUCGAGCUGGCUGCUGAUGGUGUCCGGGUGAACGCUGUGAACCCAGGUGUCAUUGUCACAGAGGUGCACAAGCGAGGUGGCAUGAGUGACGCCCAGUAUGCACAGUUCCUGGAGCACUGCAAGACGACCCACGCCAUGGGUCGUGUGGGCACCGCCGACGAGGUGGCACGUUCCAUCGCCUUCUUGGCCUCGGAUGACUCCUCAUUCAUUACAGGCCAGACGCUGGCCAUCGAUGGAGGACGCAGCAUCAUGUGCCCGCGAUAGGUCUCCCCUCGUCACUGCCAAAAGCAUAGCCCCCUGUUCUCCCUUGUAUUUGUUAUCGGACCUUAGUGCUCAAUGUUAUACAACGGGGACAUCGGGUAUUUGUUAUCCCGGUGUGAGCUUGCUUGUCAUACAAUUUUCGAAUAAAUGCCUAUUUUAGAACAAGA